GCCGGCGCUCGAGCCCAGCAGGGGGUUUCAGUUUCUGGCGCGAACUUCCGCCGCUCCGAAGUUGCAAGGCGAAUUGGCGCUAUGUCGGGGGAUAGUAGCGGCCGCCGGCCCGAGGGCCGGGGCCGGGGCCGCGACCCGCACCGGGAUCGCACCCGCUCCCGUUCACGCUCGCGGUCCCCGUUGGCCCGCCGCGGCGCCGCGCCAGAGCGCAGGGAGGCAGCGGAGCGCCCGAGCUUGGAGGACACCGAGCCUUCUGAUUCCGGGGAUGAGCUGAUGGACCCGGCCUGCUUGGAGGCCGAGUACGACCAGGGCCUGUGCCGCCAGAUCCGUCAUCAGUACCGUGCUCUCAUCAACUCCGUCCAACAAAACCGGGAGGACAUACUGAAUGCCGGUGACAAAUUAACAGAGGUCCUUGAAGAGGCCAACACUCUGUUUAAUGAAGUAUCAAGAGCAAGAGAAGCAGUUCUAGAUGCCCAGUUUCUUGUUCUGGCUUCAGACUUGGGCAAAGAGAAAGCCAAGCAGCUGCGAUCUGACCUAAGCUCAUUUGAUAUGUUAAGAUACGUUGAAACUCUACUGACACAUAUGGGUGUCAAUCCCCUAGAAGCUGAAGAAUUCAUCCGUGAUGAAGACAGAACUGAUAUUGAAUUAAUUGUCUAUGACUCCUGGAAAAUAUCAGGCAAAACAGCAGAAAACACCUUUAAUAAAACCCAUACAUUCCACUUUCUGUUGGGUUCAAUAUAUGGAGAAUUCCCUGUGCCAAAGCCACGAACUGAUCGCCCAAGACAACCUCGUAUGAUAGAAGAGCAGAGGGCAAUGCCUGCUCAGUUGAAAUGCAUGGAAGAAUCUCAUCAAGAAGCCACUGAAAAAGAAGUAGAAAGGAUCUUGGGAUUGCUGCAGACAUACUUUAGAGAAGACCCUGAUACUCCAAUGUCCUUUUUUGAUUUUGUGGUUGAUCCACAUUCUUUCCCCCGUACAGUGGAAAACAUCUUUCAUGUUUCCUUCAUUAUCCGGGAUGGUUUUGCAAGAAUAAGACUUGACCAAGACCGACUACCAAUAAUAGAGCCAGUGAUUAAUGAAGAAAGUGAGGGAAUUGAACAAAACACACAAAUUAGGAGUCAAGGAAUUAUAGCCCUGAGUUACCGUGACUGGGAGGAGAUUGUGAAGACCUUUGAGAUUUCUGAGCCUGUCAUCUCGCUGAGCCAGAGCCAGCAGCAACUAAGUGCCUGAUGCCAGCUGAAGAACUGAAGGCAAUAGUGAAAUCCUGAAAGGAAAGCAGCAUAUAUUGUAUAUAUGUAUGAUUAAAUGUUUUUAAAGAUGAAGAUUGUUUAGUAAAAUGUAGCUUUUGAUAGUUAAUGGACUUGUCAUGGUUGUCUUUGAUUAAAGGAAAUUCACUGCCAUAUUCACAAA